AUGUUACGCAGUCAAAGUAUUAACAAUUUAAAUACCAAUAAAACAUCCUCAGGGUUUUUAAGAUCUUUAAGAUCAAAGAAAUCAGAAAAUGAAUUAACUAGAACUAAUCUGCGAACAACAACAUCAUCAUCAUCACAACGUCCAUUAAGUAUAAGUUUAUCUUCAUUCAAUAUCUCAAACAUUCUUUCCCUGUCCAAAUUACUCCAAAUUGAAGAUAUUGAUGAUGAUCAGUCAAAUAAAGAAAACAAUUAUCGAACUUUGAAAACAAGAUCAAGUGUACCUAUAUUGUCCAGUAAAUCCAGUAAUGAUGCUGUAAUAAAUAAAAGACAUUCAACAAUAUUUCAAGUAUCUCCAAGUAAUAGUAGUAGUCCUCAAACAACUAUUCAAUCACAAAUAGAUUCAAUUUUUGAUGAAUCUGAUAUAAUUUAUGUUGACACUUCAGAAGAUGAUAUAAUUUCAAAUACUUCAAGUACAAAUCCAAUUGAUAAAUCAACAAAUAUUAAUAAAAUGCAUCGAACUAUAAAUUCAAAUAAUUUAUCUGAUUUUAUAAAUGAAAUCCAUGAUGAUAAACAAGAUCAUGGGAAAAUAACAUUUGAUUUUAAUUUAUCCUCAGAAUUAAAAGAUUUGGAAUCAUUAAAUACAUAUUUGAAAAAUCAAUCAAAUGAAUUUAUUUCAAGAUUUUCCCUAGUGGGAAAUGUAUUGAUGAUGAAAACUACAAAUAAUGUGGAAAAUAUUAAUAAAAAUAUUCUUGAUGAUGAUUUCCUAGAUGCUUUAAAACUGGAUGAUUAUAUAGAAGAAGAUUUAAUAUUUAACAUUUAA